GCCGUUCCCCUUCAGUCCUCUCGUGUGUGUGUGUCGGUCGGCCUGCUGGUCUCUCUCGCUCUCCUUCUCUGUGGAUUGGUUACUCAUACCAUGCUGUUAUUUUUGCCUUAGUUCACCUGAGGUAAAAGAACGCUGGCUGGAUACUCUUCACAGAAAGAUUAAGGAAGCAAAAGAGAGAGCUGGGUGUUCUUCUCCUCCUCCAAGCGGACUCAUGAAGGUGUUGAGCUGCAGCAUCACAGCAAAAACUCUAAGCGGAGGUGGCAUGGAACCAUUCAUCGAGUUUCCGUCUGAUGGUGCCACUAAAACCACCACCCUGCCCAAACAGUUGCAUAACCAAGAGGACAGAUCAGCGCAGCCUAUUGAAAGCAUCAGCAAGUGGAAAAUUCUGAGGAAGCUGAGCUCUGUGGUCGCCCGGUCAGAGAUUAAAUCCCAACUGUUCGGUCAGCCACUCUGCAAGAUAUGCCCAGACGAGAGCUCACUUCCCAAACCAAUUAUGGAGGUGCUGACAAUGUUGUGGAAGAAAGGGCCGUCCACAGAAGGAGUAUUCCGGAAGUCCGGCAAUAAGAAGAACAUAAAAUCCAUCAGGGACCAGAUCAACAGUAGUGAGGAUGUGAACAUGAAGGACCUUCCUGUGUUCCUUCUUGUGGGGCUACUUAAAAGUUUUCUAAAUGAGCUUCCGGGCAGCCUGCUCGUUUCUGGACUCUAUGACACCUGGAUUAAAGCUCUGGAGACAGAGGACCCUCUGCAGAAAACCGCAGAGAUAAAGAGGGUGGUUGACUCGCUGCCAGGGCACAAUAGACUCCUCCUCCAGCACCUUAUGAGCAUUUUCCGUCGCAUCCUCGAGAGUGCAGACACAAACAAGAUGGAUGCCUACAAUCUUGCGGUGUGCAUUGCGCCCACGCUGCUGCAGCUGGACAGCACCUCGCUGGAUGAACAAAAGGACAAACUGGAAAAGGUGAUGGAGCUGACUCAGUUCCUUAUUGAGACUUGCUGCGAGACGCUUGGAGAGAACAUCCUAAAUCUCCUGGGAGAUGCUAACGAAGACAACUCAGACUCCCUGUCCUCCCAGCACCAUGACUCGGCAUAUGACAGCACUGACCCGGAUGCAGAUGCCGAUCCAGAAGAAUGUGGAGGCUCCACGCAGGGAGAGGGUGGCUCAUCUCCCUCUCUUCUCUACCCCAGCACAGCUAUUCCCUCCUGUCCGUCUAAUGCCAUCUUCCACACAUUCACUAAGCCUGAGUUCAACCGACGCUGUUCUGAGCCCAUUAUUUUCCCCUCGGCUGAGGCGAGGAGCCUGUGCAGCCUGGCCAGGAGUAAUGAAGACUGCUCCCUGAAGAGGAGAGAUUUUGAGGAGCAGCCUCUGAAGAAGCAGAUCUCCGAUGACUCCUUCUUACUUCAAGGCCGGGGCGGAGCCAGGCCAGCUCUGUCUUUCCCAAAACUCGGCUCAAACAUGGUGACCUUGGCUGCCGUCAGUCACCUCAACCCAUCAAAGGACUGCUCAUGCUCCUCAUCUUGCUCCCUGGAGAGCACUGCCUCUAACCAAUCAGAGGGCUCUGUUUUCACCAGCUCCCCGCUGGCAUCGCCCACUUGCCCUCGCAGGGCACCUUCCAUUCACCAGACCGUCCUUGGUGCAAAUGGCAGGAAGGACAUUGUUCGAACAGCAUCAGAGAAGAACAAGCGCUCCCAGUCUAUGAGGGGUGAGUGUAAGAUCCCUGUGAGGACAAAGAGCUUUGGCGCCUUCUCCUUCACAUGGGGCAGCAUGAAGAAAGGGGAUCAGCAAAAAGAAAAGCCCUUUCGAUGCAUGACACUCCAGGAAGACUCCCAGAGAGAGGCAGAGCCACAAGUUGAACAGCUGAUUAAGUCACGCCCCCUUUCGGCCAUUGAACCAUUUCAGCAUGUGGACUACAACGUCCCCUGCAGACCUCCUUCUUAUGAGCAGGCAGUUCAAUGUGCAGGUCUGCCUGCCCCUCCAAAUUACCAAUCAAUGACAGUGCAAGACGCUAGAGCGAUGGGUCGGAGAUCCCGCCCAACUUCUGUAAAUGAAGAAUCCCUGUUAACCUGUCCUGUCAAUCAGUACCAAGUGAUGCAGGGGAAAACCAAUGGUUUUGAGCAGCUCCCCCGGUUCCGCCAGAGAGCUAAGUCUGAGAGUGUGUACAGAGGCCAUCAUGACGCUGUGUCACGGAGAUGUAGCCAGCCUGUAUUUGAGGAGAUUUCUUAUGCCAAGGAAUCUUAUGUUUAACUGGCCUUGUCACUUUAUUUUUCACUCUAUCACUAUGAAUGUAUUACAUAUAUGUGCAACCAUUAGCGGUUGGACUUUCUCAGUAGUACUAUUUAGAGUACAAAAUUGAACAGAUUUUAAUGAAGUACGGUAUAUCUAGUCCAUCACAGGAAGCUAUGUAAAUAAACACUUUUUUUUGUUAGAGAAGUAUAUGCUAAAACCGUAAACUUUUUAUUCAGCUUUCGUUUCAUGCUUUGUUGAUAUCGCUACAUGUACAGAAUAACUGAUUCAUAGCUGAGCACAUUUUGUUGUCUUUUGUAAAUCCCUUUUCAUUUCAAGCUUACAUCGUCUUUACUUUCACUACAUUAAAGCACCU